GAAUGCAACUGCAAUUCAUAAGAACUGCAACAAAGAAAUAAUGCCGACGUCAACGUUAACGACCUACCCCAAAACACUUAGAAUUAACUGGUCUACUUAAAUAUUUUCCCUUUUUUGUUACCGCAACAAUAUUGCGACCACACGAAAUAUGCAUAUCAUAUUUCGAAACAAACCAGGGCACUUACAUUGGAUCACAUUGCAUUUCCGCUGCACAUUUAAUAUGUUCAAACGAAUAUUGCGAUAGCAAUUAACGUCACAAUAAAUAGUGCAACAUAAAUAUUUGAGGGAAUGCAAUUGAUGUAAUGUGAGAAGUAGGCCACUUGACAAAUAUUGUCGCAACUACAAGUGGUUGAGCCAAAAUAAUAAUAAGAAAAGAAAUAAUGUAUUUUGUAUCAGAAAAUAGAACUUAGCUUAAGAAAAUAUUGGAAAUAAAUAAACAGAAGAAUUCUGACGAUCAAUCCGACAAGUCGUAGUUUUCUUUUCGCGGUUCACUAAACUGAAGUUUAAUAACCACAACUGGCGCAGUCGACGGAACUUUGUCCUUAGACAAAGAAAAAGAGCCUGACACAACAUAAAUAUUUUAGAGUGAACUUCUGACAUAUUACGAAAUCUAACUGCCAAAAGUCAUUGAAUCAUUUACUUACUAUUACUAUUGCUUGCGGGUUCAAACAGUGUUACAUCAUUUUAUAAAUACAUAUAAAAGAACUAACUUCUCGAAAAAAAAACAUAAUUCUACACAUUUAACUACCACAAUGGCAAUCACCAACAACGAUCUAAACCGGAUAUCAGCGUCGGACCUCCUUAAGGAAGCUGCGAAAAUCAAAGAGUUCAGAGGCGACGGGAGCUACGACAUAUCUUCUUUCAUUGGAGAGGUGGAACUGAUCCUGCCCUUGUUCGACGAGAACCAAGCGGUCAAAAAUUAUGUAUGGGAGAGACACAUAAAGACCAAGAUCCAAGGAGAGGCGCUCCAGAUAAUACGGACACUAAACAGAGACUCAUCGUGGGACGAAGUGAAGACAGAACUGAUACGGAACUUCGGAAUAAGGGAAAGCUACCACCAACUCUUCCACCAGGCCAUCACAACCAGGCAGUAUAAUGGGCAAUGGAUCCUGAAACUUUUGAUCCUGACAGCAAUUUGGACCCUGGGGCUGGGACAAGUAACAAUAGAUAAAAUAGAAAGCAACAAAGGAUAUAUAGAAAUACAAACAGGCGAUGCAGAUAUAGUUAAGUCAUAUGUAACAAUAUUACACGUUAUAAAUCCACUAGAAAUAUCAAAUUUACUUAAUGAAAUAGAAUCUAAUAUAAAAUCGUUAAAUCUGCAAGUAGGACAAGCAAUACUAAACAUGCAAAUUAAAUUUAUUAGAAGCAAGAUAAAUACUAUCACACCCCACAGACAAAAAAGAGGCCUACUAAAUGCUGUAGGAACUGUACAAAAAUGGCUUUACGGUACCAUGGACGACAAUGAUAGACAAGACCUUGAACAACACCUCAACAUAAUCGACACAAACAACCACAAGGCUAUCGAAACAAUAAACAAACAAAUAGAUAUUAAUACUAAUUUCAAUAAAACGUUUCUUGAAUUAAAAAGACUUAUGCAUAACGAUAGGGAUAUGAUAUCUGCAAAACUAAACUCCAUAGGGAGCAUAAGUAAAAGGACCCAAGACGAAAUUUUAUACCUCGACUUUUCUCUAAAACUGAAAAUAUUACAGGACAAUGUAGAACACAUACAAGACAAUAUAGCAAUUUCCAUGGAUGUAGAAACGCCAGUCGCAAAUACGGCAACCGCUCGGGCGGCAACCAAUGUGCCACGCAACGGGCCUGCACCAGCGUCCCGAACGUUAGUUGCAACAGCAUCGGCUGUUGCUCCGGCAGCAACCGCACCGGCAACAACGCCGGAACCUGUACCGGCAAGCGCGCCUGCAGCGGUACCUGCACGCGCACCACGUGGUGGCACCCGAGCAACACCGACCACAUCGAGGACUUCGGAGACCUGUCCACCAUUGUGGAAUAUUCAGGGGUAUGCGACCUUUGCAACGGCAGCAAGUUGCCCAGGUCCACGGGCUGUGCCAAAUGUGUCACCGGCCGCGCCACACGCUGCUACACCGCAACUCGUCACGCGAAGUCAACCGGCCACCCAACCUCGACUUCUACCCGCUGAUCGUGUCAUACACCAGCGGAGUGGAACCUCGGUGCGGCGUCGACAGACUGGACCACCACCUCGCCAAUCCACGGGUCUGGCAACGCUGCAACAGCUGCAGCGUCUUCUAGGCUAA